CUCGCUGGUCCCAGAAGGCGCCGGGUUUCCCAAGAUGGCGGCCGACGUGUCCGUUACUCACCGGCCGCCGCUCAGCCCGGAGGCGGAGGCCGAAGCGGAAACUCCCGAGACCGCCGAUCGUCGAGCGCCUGAACAAGAGUUGCUACCGCUCGAUCCGGAAGAGAUCCGGAAACGCCUGGAACAUACUGAACGCCAGUUCCGUAACCGCCGCAAGAUACUGAUCCGAGGCCUCCCGGGGGACGUGACCAACCAGGAAGUACAUGAUCUUCUGAGCGACUACGAACUCAAGUACUGUUUUGUGGACAAAUACAAAGGGACAGCUUUUGUGACCCUACUGAAUGGGGAGCAGGCUGAAGCUGCCAUCAACGCCUUCCACCAGAGCCGCCUUCGAGAGCGGGAGCUGUCAGUUCAGUUGCAGCCUACCGAUGCUCUAUUGUGCGUGGCCAACCUGCCACCCAGCCUGACACAGGCACAGUUUGAGGAGCUGGUGCGGCCCUUUGGCAGCCUGGAGCGCUGCUUCCUAGUGUACAGCGAGCGAACAGGCCACUCUAAGGGCUAUGGCUUUGCAGAGUACAUGAAGAAAGACUCGGCUGCCAGGGCCAAGUCCGAUUUGUUGGGCAAGCCACUGGGCCCACGCACAUUGUAUGUGCACUGGACAGAUGCAGGGCAGCUGACUCCUGCCUUGUUGCACUCCCGGUGCCUCUGUGUGGACCACCUGCCACCAGGCUUCAGUGAUGUGGAUGCUCUGCGCCAGGCACUGUCAGCCGUCUAUACCCCCACCUUCUGUCAGCUGGCAUGUGGCCAGGAUGGGCAGCUGAAGGGCUUUGCAGUACUGGAGUACGAGACAGCAGAGAUGGCAGAGGCUGCACAACAGCGGGCAGAUGGCCUGGCCCUGGGUGGCUGUCACCUACGUGUGUCCUUCUGUGCUCCAGGUCCCCCUGGCCGCAGCAUGCUGGCAGCACUCAUUGCUGCCCAGGCCACGGCUCUCAAUCGAGGCAAGGGACUCCUGCCUGAGCCAAACAUCCUGCAGCUAUUGAACAACCUGGGCCCAUCUGCCUCCCUCCAGCUGCUCCUCAACCCUCUGCUGCAUGGAGGCACCAGUGGCAAGCAGGGCCUCUUGGGUGCACCCCCUGCCAUGCCACUGCUUAGUGGGCCUGCCCUGUCUACUGCACUACUGCAGCUAGCCCUGCAAAGCCAGAGCCAGAAGAAGCCUGGGAUCCUGGGAGACUCACCUCUGGGUACCCUCCAGGCCGGGACCCAACCUGCCAACUCCCUCCUUGGGGAGCUGUCUGCAGGGGGGGGCCUGGCCCCGGAACUGCCGCCCCGCCGAGGGAAGCCACAACCCUUACUACCACCACUGCUGGGCCCUUCUGGGGGUGACCGGGAGCCCAUGGGUCUGGGUCCCCCAGCAUCCCAGCUCACUCCACCCCCAGCCCCUGUGGGGCUCCGAGGCUCCAGUCUUAGAGGUCUCCCGAAGGACAGUGGGCCCCUGCCAACACCCCCUGGGGUCUCACUGUUGGGGGAGCCCCCAAAGGACUACCGCAUCCCCUUGAACCCCUACCUGAAUCUGCACAGCCUGCUUCCAUCCAGCAACCUGGCAGGCAAGGAGACCCGGGGCUGGGGAGGCUCUGGGAGAGGCCGCCGCCCAGCUGAGCCACCGUUGCCCAGCCCUGCAGUUCCUGGUGGAGGCAGUGGUAGCAACAAUGGUAGCAAAGCCUUCCAGAUGAAGUCCCGCCUGCUUAGCCCCAUUGCCAGCAACCGCCUGCCCCCUGAGCCAGGGCUGCCUGACAGCUAUGGCUUUGAUUACCCCUCGGAUGUGGGACCUCGACGGCUCUUCUCCCACCCUCGGGAGCCAGCCCUAGGGCCUCAUGGACCCAGCCGACACAAGAUGUCCCCCCCACCUAGCAGCUUCAAUGAGCCUCGGAGUGGUGGAGGAAGUGGGGGACCCCUCUCUCAUUUUUAUUCCGGUUCACCCAACUCUUACUUCACCAGUGGCCUACAGGCUGGCCUCAAGCAGAGCCACCUCAACAAGGCUGUUGGUUCCUCCCCAAUGGGCUCCAGUGAAGGGCUCCUGGGCCUUGGCCCUGGGCCCAAUGGUCACAGCCACCUGCUAAAGACCCCACUGGGCGGCCAGAAGCGCAGUUUUUCCCACCUGCUCCCCUCGCCUGAGCCCAGCCCAGAGGGCAGCUACGUGGGCCAGCACUCCCAGGGCCUCGGCGGCCACUACGCGGACUCCUACCUGAAGCGGAAGAGGAUUUUCUAAAGACGUCGGCGCCAGAGAUGCUCCAAGGGCCUGCACCGAAUUGCUUUUGGGUUUUUCUGGUGUUUGUGUUUUUGUGGGAUUUUAUUUUUAUUAUUUUUUUUAAUAUCCUUUCUUUGGGUAAUAGAGAAAUCUCUGAAAAAGAC